AUGUCCGCGGCGGCGCAGGCGACGGCGCCUGCCUCGUCGGACUGGACCACGGAGGAGGGGCAGUGGGUACUCCUCGUGUGCAUGCCGCACGUGGUCUCCGACACGGUGCUCCCGCCGGGCACCGAUCUCUCCGUCGAGCGCGAGCGCCCGCCUCGCCCCUUCCGCCUUACCGUGCCCCGCCGCGUCGCGCCCGACCCCAAGGACAUCUACAACCACCCGUACGUCUCGUCGGUCGGGGAUUUCGGUCGCUUCGUGCUCUACGCCACCCACGGCACGCAGGCUCAGCCGGCGCCGCCGGUCUUCGUCGACGAUUUCGACACCGGUCCGGAUGCGCGGCUCGACCACAAGGGCUUCCCCAGAGCGUUGUUCCUCUGCGACCUCAACACCCGCUCGGCCACCCGCCUCCCGGACCCCGAGCGCCCCAUCUUCCGCCCAGACCCAGGCAGGGUCGGCCUCCUCGCCACCAGUGCGACGAACUCUAUCAUCCUGCACCUAGAGCAUUUGCUCGGCACCAACCAGGCCACCCUCCUCUGCUACAUCUCCGACCACGGCCGUUGGACCGUCCAGGAUCUCUACUGCCCUCCAGGCGCACCAGGCCAGCGGGAGUGGAGGGGAGGGGACGGCGUCAUCAAGUACAUGGAUCUCAUGCUUUGGGUUGAUCUGGCAUGCGGCAUCCUCGCCCUCGACACCAACGGCCUCCUCCUGCAACGCCGGCCGGAACUGCGGUAUGUGCCGCUCCCUGAUGAAUGCCAGAGUCCAGGCAACAAUGGUCUAGCAAGAGAGCGAUGCCUUGGUGUGAGCGAAGGGGUGGUCCGAUUCCUUGAGAUCUCAAAUUAUGAGAGGAUUAGGUUGUGGACACUUGUUGAUAUGGGCACAGGGGACUGGACUCUUGAUCAUCAGCUUGACCUCGAGAACCUCUGGGACGAGGAUGGUUUCAAGGCCAUGGGCCUGCCUAAUGACUGUCCCGCUGUCGCAUUUAUCCACCCUGAGCAUGCCACCAUGGCAUACUUCUUUCAGGAGUCUCGACUAUUCCAUGUUGACAUGAGCACCGGCAAGUUUAUGGAUGUACAGUACUUCAUGAUGGACAACCCGCCGGCUGAUUACCACUCUUCCAGAUUUGUUCGCCCUUGGAAGCUUCCGCAGUCACUCUUCUCAGGGAUAGUUAAUUUGUCUAAUGGUCCAAUCCGGAGAGCAAAAGACAAUGCACCACCUGGGGGUUACCCACUGGAGGGACUUACCGGGCAGACAUUCAUAGGAUGA